UGAUAAGCAAUGCUUCCUGAAUGAUCUGACGCCAACCAAAGAAAAAAAGGCGUGCAAAUAUUAUUAUAUAUUAAAAAUGCUGCUGUAAAUCAUUUGCUGAUUUUGAUACUCUUCUUUAAGAACAAUGACGAACACAGAGAAGGUCCAUUUUGUGGUGAACCAUUUCAUAAAUGAAGCAGGUUUACGACUUCAUAUGACUUCUGUUCCCUUGGCAACUGCAUCUGUCAUUUACCAUAAAUUCUUUCGAGAGAACUCACUUCAACAAUAUGACCCAUAUCUGAUUGCAACAACUGCGCUAUAUCUUGCUGGGAAGGAAGAAGAACAACACUUAAAGCUACGAGAUGUGGUGAAUGUAUGUUACAGAAUUCUGCACAGCACCAAGCCGCCCUUGGAGAUGGGGGAGGCUUUCAUGUCUCUCAGGGAUACUGUCGCAAACUGCGAGCUGUUUGUUUUGAGAAUGCUGCAGUUUAAGAUUUCAUUCCAGCAUCCACACAAGUACCUGCUUCAUUAUCUGAAGUUCCUGAAAGACUGGUUUGAGCCCUAUAAAUGGGAGACAACUCCUAUAGCUCGCUCAGCCUGGACGUUUCUGAAGGACAGUUACCAUGGAAACCUGUGUCUGCUCCACAAACCCCAGCACAUUGCAGUGGGGCUAAUCUACAUGGCCCUGGAAUGUCACGGGGUGGAGGUGCCACUUCAGUCCAGCGUGGCUAUUCCCUGGUGGAAGGUUCUCACUGAUGACAUCACAGAGGAUAUCAUAAAAGACAUCAUAGAAGUUGUUAUAAGGACGUAUGAAAUAGAAACACUGGCAUGACAUGAUACAACCAAGAUGUAUAUAGUUCACAUGGUAUCAUGACAUGAUGAACGAAGACGUCAUGAAAAUGCAAAAUGAUUUAUGAUAUAGAGAGACUAGUGCAACAUGCAGACAUGUUCUAUUUGAAAAGCAUGACGAAAGUUGUUGCAUAGACUUCUGAAACGGAGAUUGACAUGGAGAUUUUUUAUUAUUUUACAAUGGUAAAUUGAAAGAUUAGCAACAACAGCACAUGGAGCCAGACUUGAUGGAAGCAAGAUAUGAUUGAAUUGAGAGUUGUUUUUUAUCAGCUGACAUGACAGAUAUGAUGAUAAUUUCUAACAAGAUGAUGUUGGAAAACAUAUUUUCUAUGGAGGAAACCUAUGGAGAAAAAAUAUUUUUCUCCAAAAUUAAUUUUUCUUCAAACAUAUUAAAUUGCAUGUUCAUUAAAUAAAUUUUAUAUUGAAUAUAUUCAUGAAACACCACAGAUGUGAUCCUGUAUGAUGAAGUGAUGAUGAUGAUGAUGAUGAUGAUGAUGAUGAAUAAUUAAUUAACAUUUUAUUGACCAUUUUGUAAGACAAUUUCAGAUUUGGAACUAUUUUUACAAAAAUUAAAAGACCUACCAAAUGUUCUUUGUUUUUAAAAUAUUAAGUUUUGAUUCUAAAUGUUAAUAAAUUAAACUUGUCAUAUA